AUGAAAUUUGGCAAGAAGCUUAUAGAGCUCAGAUGUCCCGAAUGGGCGGAUCGUUAUGUCCGUUACAAAGCCCUAGUUGCUUUGCUCAAAAAGGCCAAAGAAUUUAACGCAUCACUUUCAAAAAAAACAAUUGAGGAGCUGGAACUAGAAUCAGGGCUUUAUGACCUAAAUGACAACGUCAAUCGUGCAGGUAGUAAGCAACUUGAUAAGCUUAAAACCAGGAUAUCCACAAACAAUGACACAGUCAUCUCGAUUCCCGACUUAAAUUAUUAUGAUAUAUCAUAUGAUUCGAACAAGGCAGUAUCUUCCAAACCAAAUGGUACAUCGCUUAAAGAUAAAAUAAGCCAGAAAUUGAAAGCUCUCUCUGCCUCUGUGGCAUUCAACACAAUUUUACCUAUGAAAUACUCGAGACAAGCCUAUGACGAAAAUACACAAGCUGAAAGUCUUUUUGAUUUUAUGCUUAGGGAGGAUAUACGCACCAUUUGUAAGCACUAUUUGGACGAGAUUGAAUACAUGGAAUCGUUAUUAUUGACAGUAGUGGAUGAGAAUGCCAAGAGAUGCGGAAAAGAUGAGGGACAUUCUCGAAUGUUGCAAACUGCGUGCAUUGCAUUGUGGGAGUAUUCUGACAAACUCAAGAAUUAUUUGAACAUAAAUAUACUGGCUGUGUACAAGAUUUUGAAGAAGAAAGAUAAGAUGCUCAAGACCAACGAUAUCACCGAUUUAUAUCCGCUGUAUAAGGCAAUACUGUCUGAAAUAGAUGCUCAUAACGAUCUUAAUGAGAGGAUAUUGAACACUUACAGGCAGAUUUUGGGUCAAGAAAAUAAUCUAGACCAUGAUGGCCUGGUCAAGAUCGUCAAGGAUGCAAUUGAGCAUAAUUCAAAGAGGGUAGGGCCCCUUGUGUUUUUUAUCCACGGAAUGAUAACCCUAGCUUUUAUCAUAGCGUUAAUAGUAACAUUUCUGCCGAUAAACCGAAAUGUGGAUUACGUGAUGAAUAUAUUACCCACAUUAAUGCCGUUCUACCGCUUCUUCUUCCUAUCAAGUCUUCUGUGGUAUAUGGUCGGAGCAGCUCAGGAUUAUAUGGAGAAGUAUGGUGUCAAUUACAUUUUCCUGUUCAAUCUUUCUGGUAAUUACUGUACUCGGGGCACCGAGUAUUAUACAAUGGGUGGGGCCUUAAUACUGCCCAUCAUCAUCUCAUACACUGUAUACGUACUGGACGUCAAGUAUCUACUGUUUAACCGACAUAAGUUUUAUUAUAUCUACGUCAUAGUGUUAAUCGUGUUGGUAUUAUGCAGUUUAACGCUUAUAGAUUUUGGGAUAAAACGCAAGUAUAUUUUAUGUGGGAUAUGGGCCAUAAUUCGCGUUUUCAGAGGCCUACUAAUCGGCUGUUUUAACGUAAGCCUCAGCGAUUCGGUUCUGGCUGAUGUUAUGACCUCGUAUACUAAGAUCUUCAACGAUCUGGCCUAUGUAUUCUGCUACUUCUAUUACAUGCUACCUUCUACCAUUCGGAAUAUUUUUCCGACUAACAAGCGAUUUUACCUAAUUCCAAUCUUCACCAGUAUCCCGUUUAUACUUCGCCUGACUCAGUGUUUAACAAGGUAUAUAAAUACCCACGAUUCUAUACAUAUAUUCAACUGCAUCAAGUAUCUGCUGGCAAUAAACGCAAUUAUUAUUUCCUCAAUUCCCAGCCAUGUAUUUAAAGUAACGUAUACCACAUGGAUAAUCAUUAACAGCAUUUGUUACACAGUAACCACGAUAUAUACGAUCAUUUGGGACACCUGCAUCGAUUGGGGCCUGACACUUGGCACCAACAUUUUGUUAAAGCGAGGGUUUGACCCUAUAAUAUCUCCAGCAAAUUCCAGCAAUGUUACCGAAAAUGGGAACAUAGGAUCGGGGAUACAUUCUCAAAAAGUUUCUGUCAACCAAGAAAAGGUUUACAUCGAUGAUAGCAAAGGCACUCGCUUGAGCUUAGGCUAUGGCAUCGUACCCGUUGUCAGUGAUGGCGAUGGUAAACAAAAGAUGAGUGGAUAUAUGCACAAUAGGAAAUUCAAUGUUGCAAAGGAUAAACGCAUCAUGUUCCCUGAAUUAUUCUACUACUUUGUCGCGAUCGUCAAUAUAUUUGGUCGUGUGACGUGGGCACUCACGCUAUUUGAUGUCAAAUUCCUGUCUAAUAAGGUAUUUUCUUAUGAGUUCGGAUGGUUUUUCAUUCAAAUUGUAGAAGUAGCACGGAGGACGCUAUGGGUGAUACUUCGGCUGGAGAAUGAACACUUGAACAAUUCGUCAAAGUAUCGGGCCGCGUUGUGGAUCCCCAAAAUGUACAAAUGUAAAUCGCUAAUAGUGCGCGAGCUGGCUAGUAUAACCUAG